AUGGCCCCCAGAUAAAUUCGGGGAACAAGGUAGAACACAUUGAUCUGGUCUCCCACAGGCAUUACCCACUCAUAUUCGCUCUUUUACAACGACCAGCCCUCUCCCACCCCUCCAACAACAAACAUCCCUAACAACAUCAACAUAAACAUAACACUACAUGACUAUCCAUGUCCGCUCACCCAUCUAUAUCCACCUAUAAUUCCAGCAUACAUUCCUCUGCGACCACAUGGAAGGAUGCCACAGCAGCAAAAACAUUCCGAACCAAAAACGCCCGGCCCCACAUAGAUCCGGAGAUUAUAAGUCUCACACCGUCCAGCAUCUUUGCCCAGUCCCCUACUGCAAUGCAGUCUUCGCCUUCCCCAUUGUUUACCACUAGUUCGGGGUGGCAACUUCCACCAAACACUCCUUCACCUCCACCUCCCUACCGCUCUCCCUUUGCGACCCACCUCACAACGGCUGCUACUCAUUCUUAUUCCCGACUGGAACCAACCAGAGGUAUGCGCCGACAGUCCAACCCAUUUCAAAGCCUACACUCGAGUAAACAAGGGAGAAAAUGGGGAGGGAAAAAGUUCGGCGAGGCUACGGUAUCUCUUGGUGUUGGGCUUGGAGUAGAAGUUGAGCGUGAGAUGCAGGACGCAGAGAUAGAGAGGAUAUUGGAGCUGGCUGACGACAAGAGCAAGGUAUUGCUGAAGAGAAGGCUUGAAGAGAUGAAAAUUCACGUUGAGCAACAAGUCCGAGCGGAGAGCUGUCAGCGUAUAAUGCAACUGGAGAAUGCUCUAGCAGAUGCAUAUCAGACUAUCCAACGUUUGGAGAAGGAAAAAGUCGUACUGGAGGAUACUAUGAAGGAAGUAGAGGAGAGGAUCACUCUGGAAUACCAGCUCGCCAUUAAAGCUUCUGAGCGUCCACGACCCUCUGGUCUUCGUCCUCUUGGUCUCCUCUCCAAAGCAAGACCAGCAUCAGUAUCAUUAGACGGCGAACAACCUACCUCCAAGCGUCAGAGCAUGAACUCAGUGCCUGUAUCUGAUCCUCCCUUUAAACGUCACUCCUUUUCCCGACAUAGCGGCAUCCCGUACCGCGCCUCUACCCUUCCUGCCAAUUUGCCUUCAACCCCUCUCCCUGCUUCCCCUGAUGCUGUGUCCUCGACUGCCGACUCACCCCUCUGCACACCGAUUGAUUCGCCUACCCAUUGUGCUACUUCACCUUCCACAUCGUCGUCCCGACCGAAAUCAUACCGUCUUAGUCAGAUGUUUACUUGUCUUUCUUCAAACUCUGUCAACGCGAGGGCGUAUGAAGAACUGGAGAUGCUGGCCGAUUCGCCAAAGAAGGGCAACGUCUUUGGAGCCAAAUCGGAAGCUGCCAACAAGCUAAUGACAACGACGCCGGAGAAUGAACAGGCAAAACGAGAGUCAAUGCGUCAACGCCGUACACGUCCUCAGACGAUGUAUAACUGGUCGCCUCCUAUUAUGGAAGAAGACUUCCCAAGCAAACAGGGCGAUUGUCCCAUAACCACUACGUACAACAAGCUCGUUGGUCGUCCUUCUCUUCCCGCCAGUUUGCAUCACAAUACCGUUGAUACCCCUCAAGACACAUUCUCGGCCUACAAGCCACCCACGCCUCCUGAUUCAAAUCAAUCUCAUCACGAUCAUCAUCGUUCAAAACGAGCAUAUGAAGAUGAAGAUGAAGAUGAUUAUGACCAUGGCCACGACACACACCCCUAUUCUCGAACUCGUCCUCAUAACCACUCAACAGGGAUAACUCGAGCGAGAAAAAGGUUAUCGGUAAACGGCGCAGGCCAUAAUAGCGAACCUGAUGACCGGUCCUUGUUGGAAGGGUACCAUGCGACCCAGCGAAAUAUUCAUCGCAAGACUCAGAUGGUUGGAGGGAUAGAUGAUGUCAGCGGAGAUGGAGAUGGUGGGAGUCCAUUCAUCGUUUCUCUCUCUUCAGAUUCUACAUGUUUUCCCCGGACUUCUUCUUCUCCACACCCCCACUCGGGUUCCGAUUCUGCAAGUCCUAGCUCUGAAAGGAAACUCACAACCCGCAAUCAACAGGAUCACGUCCGAACUCAUCCUCAAACCCGGGCGCUUGAUAAUCCGUACCAAGCUAACCCCCGACAGAUGGCAUGUCUCUUGGGUACUAUAGCGAAAUGUUCAGGGUGGAUGACAAUGGUUGGGUUCGCAGGGCUGACAGUCGGCGGGUGGAUGAAGAAGUGAGAGAUGAGCUGAGCUGAAAACCCAAGGGGGAAUCGGAAUCAAACGGACAAUUUGAAGCUUUUGUGAAGUCAAAACCCAGAAAGCUGGUGCUUCUUUUUCUGGGAAAUUUCACUUUUCACGAUUAUAAUGACAACCACCCCAAUCACUACAUACUGCAUUACAGCAUUUAAUCUUACCUUCAUAUUUUUUCAUUUUAACAUUUGCAUUUGUCCUCUCAAAAAAAGAAAGGAAAAAAAAGAGAAAACAGUUACUAGCAAAUUCUUUACCAAUCUAAUCAUGUUAAUGCAUAUAGCAACAUACUCUUAUUCACUUACUCUUCUUUUCGAGGCUUUCUUCUUGUACACGUAGUACUUGUAUGGGUACAUCUUGAAGAAGUCAAGAAAGAAUGUCUGUCAAGCCUUUUGCUCCCAAAUUCUCUUCAAUUUCUAAUGCAUUUUUUCAUUGGAUCGAUAUAACGAUUAUGACGAUCAGU